AUGACCGACUCAAAGACCGUCCUCCCGCUCUCAGCCGCAGAGAAAAUCGCCACGUACCAACUCACCGCACCCAACGGCCUAGCAAUCGAGGUAGCCCAGGCGACGCACCGCAUCAACAUCCUCAACAGCUGGGGCCCCGACGUGAUCAAGCCAGGUGGCAAGGUCCUCGAGAUCGGCUGCGGGCAAGGCAACUGCACCGCGGUGCUGGCCGAGGCGGUCGGUCCCACGGGCCACGUCGACGCCUACGACCCCGCGCCUCUGGACUACGGGGCGCCUUUCACGCUCGAGGAGGCGCAGCAGCACAUUCUCAAGAGCGAGAUUGGCAGCCGGGUUCAAUUUACCAACAAGUUGCCGUGGGAAGCUGAGGGUCACAAGAGCGCGGAGGUGCCGGAUACCCAGCAGUGGGACGUUGUCGUGCUGGCGCACUGUGUGUGGUACUUCAAGACGCGCGAUGACCUCUCCAACUUGCUCAAUAAUCUGAAGGCGAGGCUCCUCCCGGGCGGCAAGCUUUGCAUCGCUGAGUAUGCGCUGCACGCCACGGAAAAGGCCGCUUGGCCUCACGUCCUGGCUGCACUGGCGCAGGGGACGCUCCAGGUGCUCAGGAGCGAGGAAAGCGGCGAGAAUAUCCAGGUGCCCCUCAGCCCUCCGCAGAUCAAGCAGCUAGCCCAUGAGAGUGGGUGGGACCUGGAUAGGGAGGCCAUGCUCGUUCCCGGGGAGGGUCUCCUGGAUGGGAGCUGGGAAACCGGGUCUGUCGCUAGCAAACACUUUCUCAAAGAGGUGGAGGAAGCCGUGGCUCGAAAGGAUUGGAAGUCUCAUGCGAUGUUAGAAGCCAUGCGUGCAUCGGUGCUGAGUGCCGUGGAGGCUGCUGGUGGCGUGAAGAAGACGCGUACCAUGGACGUGUGGACAGGUGUGUUCUCUGCAAAGGAGACCCAGGAGUAA